UGACGCCUUCAUCAAAAAUGCUGUCCGACAUACUGGAAAGAUUGGCAGAGAAGAUUUUUUCUUACAAGGCAUACCCCACUGAUGCAGACCUGAGUGAUGUUGCAGAGGCUCUGACAAGGAAACAUCACUGCCUGAGACAACCAGACUCCUUCAAUGAGAGUUAUGGAUGGAAACUGAAGCUCAAGAGUAAGAUGCACAACUACCGCACUCAGCUGAGGUCACAUGGACUUUCGUCUGAGCUCAUGGUGAACACACUGAAGUCCAAGUCACGAGAAGAUGCUGAUCCCUUCCCAGCAAAGAAUGUCAAAAAGGCAAGAAGAGGUGAGGCCAAUUACUAUCCUCAACCCAGCGGAGACAGUCCUGAAAACCUUGAGCAAGAAAGAGCAUCUCUUCUGACAGAAAUAAAGAUAAGAAAUAAUGAGAGAACCAUACGGGAGAAGAUGGCCAGGACUUUUCAGUUCAGGAGGCAAGAGAUUGUGGAUCAGAAGCCAACCAUCGAAAACCUCAUGGAAAGAUGGCCAGCUUUAUUUCAGAUGGGAGAGGUUGAUGCAGAGUUUCAGAGGGUUACUACAGUUCCCCUCCUGACCAGAUUUAUGGCGCACCUGGACAAGCACUCCCCGCAGCUACUGAAGAUCUUCAGAAAGAAGGGAGGGACCACUAAAGCAAAAACUGCCACGAUCCUGGAGUUUCUUGAUCAGGGUGCUGAUGCCAAUAUCAGAAGGGAGUGCAUCCUCAAAGCUCUCAUCAUCUACCUAGGAGAACAUGUGGAGGACCUAUUAAAGGAAUACAUGGUGUCCCAGAAAGAUCAAGCCGUGCAGGAGCUGGAGAGGACCACCAUGGCAGUCUUCGUCUUCAGAGAGAAUUCAAGCCUUCUACAACAGCCCCAAGAUGUCGGGAUUAUCAUUGAUGGUGUGGAAGUCCUCAAUGAGUUGCCUUCUGUUGCAGCAGGAGUGGUAAUGCUCUUUGGACUUUGCUAUGCUCUUAACAUGGAAUAUCCACAGGGUUUCAGGUUCACCUUUGAGGCCCUUCAGAAGAUCCUGAUGGAGCUUGGUUCCAACAAGAUGACUUCCAAGAUUCGCAAACUCAGUGGUGAACUCAAAACUGCACAGUAGUGUAUAUGUAUGUGUGCUUAGUGUGUGCAUGUAGUUGCCACUUGCUUUUAUUUAAGAGGUAGUCAACC